AGAUGUUCAAAGGAAACAAAAAAAAUCAAUAAAGGUACUUUAGCAAAAUUUUUUGCUAAACUGAAAAAAGGCAAUAUUGUGUAAGAAGGAAACAAACAUCAAAGUUAUCGUAAAGGAAAAAUAUUAAACAAUGACUGAAGACAAUAAUGAACAACAAGCUGAAGUAGAAAAUGUACGAGUGGUGGUGCGUGCUCGUCCUAUGGAUAGAAAUGAAAUCAUGUCAGGUUCGCUAAGUGUUAUUAAGGUUGAUAAAUUGAAGCGCGCCAUCACUGUAGUCAAGCCUAAUGCUACUUCGAAUGAACCACCCAAAACAUACUACUUUGAUAAUGUAUUCGAUGGUGAGUCCAACCAGUUAGAUUUAUACGUAGAUACUGCUCGACCAAUUGUUGAAAAAGUCCUGGAAGGUUACAAUGGUACUAUAUUGGCCUAUGGCCAGACAGGUACUGGUAAAACGUAUACUAUGUCCGGUAGCGCAGAAUCGCCGCAAACGAAAGGCAUCAUACCGAAUGCUUUUGCGCAUAUUUUUGGCCACAUUGCAAAGGCUAGAGAAAAUCAGAAAUUUUUAGUACGCGUCAGUUAUAUGGAAAUUUAUAACGAGGAAGUGCGUGACUUGUUGGGUAAAGAUGUUACCAAAAGCUUGGAAGUUAAAGAGCGUCCCGAUAUUGGCGUCUUUGUUAAGGAUUUGAGCGGUUAUGUAGUACAUAACGCUGACGAUCUAGAAAAUAUUAUGAGAUUAGGGAACAAAAAUCGUGCUGUUGGUGCUACAAAAAUGAAUUUGGAAUCUUCUCGCUCGCAUGCUAUAUUUUCCAUAACCAUAGAGCGCAGUGAGUUGGGCGAAGGCGGUCAACAGCAUGUACGUAUGGGCAAAUUGCAAUUAGUCGAUUUAGCUGGUUCAGAGAGGCAAAGUAAAACUCAAGCUAGCGGUCAACGUCUGAAGGAAGCUACAAAAAUCAAUUUAUCUUUAUCCGUGUUGGGCAAUGUCAUCAGUGCUUUGGUGGAUGGAAAAAGUGCUCACAUUCCUUAUCGUAAUUCCAAGUUAACACGUUUGCUUCAGGAUUCUUUGGGUGGAAACUCGAAGACGGUAAUGUGUGCUACUAUUUCUCCAGCCGACACCAAUUAUAUGGAAACAAUAUCAACUUUACGUUAUGCUAGUCGCGCUAAAAACAUUCAAAACCGCAUGCAUGUUAAUGAAGAGCCAAAAGACGCUUUGUUACGUCACUUUCAAGAAGAGAUCGAACGUUUGCGCAAACAGCUGGAAGAAGGCUAUGAAGAAGAGUUGGUUGAGGGGGAAGAAGAAGAAGAAGAGGGUGAUGAUGACGAUGAAAUUGAAACUGAGGUAUUGGCUGAUGCGCAGCCCCAAUUAAACAGUGAAAAGAAAGAAAUUCGCGAGAAGCGUUUAGCCAAGAAGGAAGCUUUGGAACGUCGCAAACGGGAGCAUCAACAUGAAAUUGCCAACGCCAAAUCGGAGCAAGAGCAAUUGCGUAAUAAACUUAUAUCACUGGAAGGCAAAAUACUAGUAGGUGGUGAAAAUCUUUUGGAGAAAGCACAAACUCAACAGAAACUACUGGAGCAAUCCUUGGAAGAGCUGGAGGAACGUGAAAGAGCCGAACAGGCUUUACGGGAGACAUUACAGCAAAAAGAAACUGAACGCAUAGAUAUCGAAGAACGUUACUCGUCCCUACAGGAGGCUAAUACUGGCAUUACUAAGAAAAUUCAUCGAGUUAUGCAAAUGCUGAUGGGUGUUAAAGCUGAAUUAGCCGAUCAACAGCAAGAACAUCAACGUGAGAAAGAAGCCAUAUAUGAAAAUAUACGCUCUCUAUCACGUGAAUUGGCUUUGUGUGAACUUGUACUGAAUUCCUAUAUACCAAAAGAAUAUCAGUCUAUGAUUAAUCAGUAUACCCACUGGAAUGAGGAUAUCGGCGAAUGGCAAUUGAAAUGUGUUGCCUAUACCGGCAACAAUAUGCGCAAACAUAUAUCAGAAACAAAAGACAAUAACAAAGAUGCAAAUGAUUUGAUCGAUUUAUCGCAUGUGUAUCUUAGUUAUAAUUCGGAAUCGGUUACGCAACCUAUGCGAGCUAAGUCCUCAUUAGGCUCAGCAAGGCCGCGUACUUCAGGUGUACCACGGCCUACUACAGCUCGAAGAUAUUGAGCGCAAGAUUAUCAUCAUCAUCAUCACUAUCGUCAUCAAGAUCAACAUCAUCAAUGUCGCUGUCAUGCGUACGAUGAUCAAAUAUGUUCUGCGGAUAAAUUCAUACCGGUGGAUUACUGUUCAUCACUUCUACGUACUCAAGCUUGGUUAAUAUUAUUUUUGUUUUGUGUGUAUUAUUGUUUCCAUAUAUUAUUUUCGUGUGAUUAAAAAAAGGUAUUAGCGAAACGCAUUUGUUUUAACAUAUUUAUUUAUUUACUUAUCUUUU